AUGGACCUACAUCGUGCACUAUCGGCUUUGAUUGGUCCGAUGGGUGGAGUGCCGAAUCAAUCGUUGGCGCAUCUCGGUUUUCCAUUUCCAGACACGUCGAGUUUGCUCACCGCCGCGUUGACGUCGAAACUCGAAUCGCCGCUUGGAAUUGUUCCAUAUGAAUCGGCGGCGGUUCCAACAUCAACCACUCAGUUCACACCAACGAAAAAAGCUAAAAUUGAGGAACCGAGCAGUCCGGUUUCCAGUCAUUCGAGUACUGUAAGCAGUACAAACUUUUCAAGCCCUGCUCCAAGCCCAUGUCGCAAACCGGCUCAUCCGAUUCCCGUUGAGAAGAAGGACGAAGCCUACUUUGAGCGUCGCCGCAAAAACAACGAUGCCGCGAAACGAUCUCGAGAUGCAAGAAGGCAGAAGGAGGAGGCGGUGGCGGCAAAAGCGGCCGCUCUUGAGCAGGAGAACAUUCAAUUAAGGGGACAGAUUGCUGUCCUUCAACAAGAAACCGCCAAACUGCAACUGAUGCUUUUCUCAACGGCUUCAAGAGUUGUGAAAGAUUCGAAAAAAGAUUCGACGAUCGAAGUUUAA